UAUGACUGAUCAUGAAGGGUCAUGGCCUAGGUUAGUGACUUCCAUUGCACUUUGGAAGGGCGCUCGCCUAAGAUCUCCCCACUGAGGGAGAGUCUACGUCAUAAUUUGUUCCUGAGGGGGAACGCGUCCGCGCGGCCCCUGCCAAUCUUCCAAGUCAAAGUUUUAUCUACGGUUGUAUUAUUUAGCGUUUGCUCUUACCAUAGUGCAGUUUGCUUGAUCUUUGAGCUUGAUCUGCAACACUUGAUGAUCUCGUCAGAAUGUGUUGGAAAAUAAGUUUCUCUGGAAGAUAUGAAAAGGCCACAUCCAAGAAAUUUUACAGUCAAUAAGACUAGUGGAGGUGGUGUUUACUCUAAACAGACCGAUGGUGGUGGUGUUGGGUUCCAUUCAUCAUCACUUGAUCUCUAAAUCCGCAAUAAUAAUCUCAGCAAACAUUUCUUCCUCUUCUUCUGUGAACAAGUCACAGAGAUUGUUCCUCACAAGGCGGAAUUCUUCAAUAUUAGCUACUUCCUCAAUUUUAUCUUCUUUUCUACAUUUGGCGUCUUUUCAGUUGGCAAAUGCUCGAGUAGAAGAAGAAGCACCUCAGCGCCAAGAAGAACGGGUCGUUCAGGUAUUCGAAGAGGCUUCUCCUUCGGUGGUUUUUAUUAAGGACCUUGAAUUAGCUAAGACCUCGUCAGGCAGAAGCACAAAUACUGAAGAAGUUCUUACGAAAGAAGAAGAGGAAACUGCGAAAGUCGAAGGGACUGGUUCUGGUUUCAUAUGGGAUAAAAGUGGACACAUAGUGACCAAUUAUCAUGUCAUAGCGAAGUUGGCAACUGAUACGACUGGACUUCAGCGUUGCAAGGUAUUUCUUGAAGAUGCACACGGGGAAAAGUUCUCCAAGGAAGGCAAACUUGUUGGUUUUGAUCCCACGUAUGAUUUGGCGGUUUUAAAGAUCGAUGUCGCCCAAGGAAAUUUCGAUCUCAAACCUGCUCUUCUUGGUACCUCUGGUGAUUUGCGUGUUGGACAGAAUUGUUUUGCCAUUGGAAACCCAUACGGAUAUGAAAAUACGCUAACUACCGGGGUAGUGAGUGGAUUGGCAAGGGAAAUACCUUCUCCGAAUGGGAGCUCAAUUCGUGGAGCUAUACAAACAGACGCUGCCAUCAAUGCAGGUAACUCAGGUGGUCCAUUGAUUAAUUCAUAUGGUCAUGUGAUUGGAGUGAAUACAUCGACUUUCACUCGCAAAGGAAGUGGACAGUCAUCCGGGGUUAAUUUUGCAAUACCAAUUGACACAGUUGUUAGAACUGAACCUUACCUCAUUGUUUAUGGAACACCUUACAGUAAUAGGUAUUGAUUCGAUCACUCCGC